AUGAAAAUUUUGAAGGCUUAUGUGAAGAACCCGGGCCGACCUGAGGCAUCCAUUGUUGAAAGAUAUGUUGCGGAAGAGGCUGUAGAAUUUUGUAAUGAAUAUUUAUCACAGUCAAAAUCUAUUGGCAUCCCUAGUUCUCGCCACAAAAGAAAGGGGUCUGGUAAAGGGACUAUCGGGGGACAACUUAAGAGUGUUGAUCGUGAAGAAAUGAUACAAGCACAUACAUAUGUUCUCAAUAAUACUCCUGAAGUGCAUCCUUACAUAGUUGCACAUAAGGCACUAGUAAAGCGACAAAAUCUUCGAAAACCUGAAAAGUGGUUGGUGCAAGAGCAUAACAGGACAUUCUUAACGUAG